AUGGAUUCAAGGAAUCCAUAUAGCCAGUCCGCUAGCUAUCUAGGCCUUCUUCACAGUCAACAACCAAGUGUUGUCCAUGAAAACUUUCAUUUCGAAAGUUUUCAUUCUAGUACUGUUAACCUUGGAGCAUCUGAACUCCCUCCUUUCAGUUCACAACAAACUGACCUUCCAACUCAACCUGAAGUCACACCUGUAGAGCGUAGGGAGAGAAAGAAAUGGACCCCGGCUGAUGACGAGGUUUUAAUCAGUGCGUGGCUAAACACAUCUAAGGAUGCUAUUGUUGCAAAUGAUCAAAAUGCACGGACCUUUUGGAAAAGAGUUGGAGAAUAUUAUGCAUCAACUCGUCAUGCUACAGAGGGUGAGAAGAGGGAGCAUAUCCAUUGUAAGCAAAAGUGGCACAAAAUAAAUGAGCUCACCAACAAGUUAUGUGCCGCAUUUGCUUCUGCAGAAAGACAACAAGCCAGUGGCCAGAAUGACACUGAUGUUCUGAAGCUUGCUCACCAGAUCUUCUACGCUGAUCAUAACACCAAGUUUACUCUUGAACAUGCAUGGUGUGUGUUGAGGUUUGAGCAGAAAUGA